AUGCCCAUAUUCAUGGCCUCGGAGAGCCAGAUCGAGCUUGCGGCUGUAAAGAUGGACCACUGGCAUUGCACGGAAAAAGAGAUGCAGGUACCUAUGCAAAUUCUGGAUCGCUCGGGAGGCAAAUUUGGUCCUUGGGACUUUGAUUACUUGGAGGUCAAAACUGGCACCUACAAGAACAUCGUCAAGCUUCCCAGCUUUCAGUCGGGGGAUUACCGCCUGCGAAAGAUCAACGCCUGCUCCAUGAACCCGAUGGACGACUUCAUCUACUGCGCCUGCCAGGUGGUCCAUGCCAGCAAUGAAAAGGACUACGACAAUUUCCUGGUUCGUGUGGGCGUCGUGGAUUACGAAACUCAUGUUGCAGGAAUGGAGUUCGUCGCCAAGGUGGUGAAGGGUGGCAGCCAUUUUGCCGGUGUCUUCGAUGAUGAGGGGCAUUUCUUCUUCGGUCCUGGGAAGCUGCACUACAUCAAGUCGCUGCAUAAGAACCCAGGGAAGUCUUUCGACAACAGGUACCAGGUGGUCGACGAAACCAAGGCGCCGAAGUGGAAAGUGCCACAGAGUUGCAAGGGGGCGGACUAUGCCUUCUACCGGCAUGAAGAUGGUGGCAAAGCCAGGCACUUCCUGUGGAUGAUCCGGGAUCGCAAGGUGUCUGCUCUAGAGAUCACUGGCUUGCCGAAGAAGAAGCCCGAGUGCCGCAAGUUCACAGCCAAGGGACUUCCACGAAAGGCCAAUGGCCAUUUCGGCGCAGCUUGGUCUUUCCCAAAGAAGGAUGGCUCCACUACGCUGUACAUGUCGCACAACGGCGGCCAAGGGGUCUUUGCCAUUGACAAAGCACUCCUUGACUUGGGUUCCUCCACAGUCGUCGUCUACAAGGCUGGCGAGUCCGAGAAGACUUCGCAAAACGACGGCGCGAACUGCAAGCAUGUUCAAGCAGAAACCCCAUUCGAGGCCACCCCUGCACCUGAGCUUCAGCAGCAACUCCAGGAGCUUCAGCAGGCUCAACAGGAACCUCUGAAGGCCGAGCCGCCAGAGCCAUCACCGGUUCAGAAGGACCCUGCCUUGCCAGAGACGACAGCAGGGCCAAGC